AAUGAUUGGUUUAGUUUGAUUUUUAGUUGGAACCGAACCCCUAGCCUUCACUCUCAAGCUCCCGAAACUCCCCCACUGGCUUAAGAUCGGCGUUCAUUGAAACUGGAUUAUGCGCCUUCAAAUCUACGUUCUUCCCCACACUGAUUAUCACUAUUCACAACCCCAUUCAUUCCAUUUCUUUCGUAAUACUUCAGAAUCUUGAUAGAUCUAAAGACGAUGGCAGCAAUUUACAGCCUCUACAUCAUCAACAAAUCUGGUGGUUUGAUCUUCUACAAGGAUUAUGGGUCUGCUGGACGAAUGGAUACAAAUGAUAGCUUGAGAGUGGCGAGUUUAUGGCAUUCUAUGCAUGCCAUUUCCCAGCAGCUUUCGCCUAUAGCCGGUUGUUCGGGUGUCGAACUUCUUGAAGCCGACACAUUCGACCUCCAUUGCUUCCAGUCACUUACUGGGACAAAGUUUUUUGUUGUGUGUGAGCCUGGGACUCAGCACAUGGAGAGUCUUCUGAAGUACAUUUAUGAGCUAUACACAGAUUUUGUCUUGAAGAAUCCAUUCUAUGAGAUGGAGAUGCCUAUACGGUGUGAGCUUUUUGACAUCAACCUAGCACAGGCAGUGCAAAAAGAUCGUGUUGCUUUGCUUGGCCGAUGAUCUUAGGACAUCCUUCAUUUUGUCAGUAUUCAUCCACAAUUCAAGAAGGAAAGGCUCAUGAUAUUAUUGUGCAAAAUACUUGAUAAUUUACCGUCCUUAAUGCUAAAUGUACGUCAUUCCUAGUGAAUCCUGUGUGAGAUUUGGUGGAAAUAGAAUGUUUCGUUUCAGUGUUCAGCAGAAAGUCGGUUAAUUUUAUACCCAAAUUUUGUCAAUUGUAUACAGAUCUGGAUCCAGUUAAAUGACAGAGCUUUUGGGACAUGGUGAACUUAAGCAGUCAAA